AUGAGUUCGGACCAAAGCCACAGCAGAAUCCAUGCUACAGGAGAGCAUCCUUCGAAGCGGCGGAAAUUGAACCACCCGCGAACCCAGCCUCCACUUGGAACGGAACCUCAGGCAAAAGGACCAAUACGAACCAAGAGCAGAUCAAAGCCACCUGCAGGUUGGCGCCGGACGAUCAAACCCCGGCCACCACGUCAGAUUCGACCUCUAGACUACAACGGAAAACCUUUGCCCAAGAACAGAUUCGCAGACCCGAUACCCUCCUCCUCAUCUGCGAAGAAGAUACCCUCAAACUCAACCAGUUCAUUCGCAACACCACCAUCAGCAACCCCUGACUCCAGCGCCAAAUUAUCCAGCACGAAGUCCCUCCUCGACCAGAUCUGGGCGCGCAACAAGAACCAACACCGUGCCCAGCCAUGGUGGAAAUCUUUGGGAAUGCUGCGGAAAGCCAUCACCCGCAUUGUAGCCAUGGAUGAAGCAGAACGCUCCCUGCAACUACAGAGCAAUACCAACGUCAACGCCAUUGACGCCAAAGAAGUGCGGAAACGGUUCGAGCAAGAAACCCAAAUCCGUCGCGAGAGGGAUGUAUGGUUCGACUGGAUCCGCGAAGUCCUUAUCCCGCGCGCCUAUAUCGGGUUUACUGGCUUAGUGGGCGACACCCAGUUCGCGGCUCUGGGAGUCGUGCUUGUGGGGAUUCUCGCCGAUGUCAUGAGCGUGGCUGGUGCGCCCAAGCGUGUGGAGGAUGAUGACCGGCACCAAGCUGGGACCACGAACCAGAAUAAGAUUCUGAGUAAUGACCGAGGGAUUGCUAGAAGUCUAGCAGCCACGAGUCUCAGAGUUACAGGAUCGCAGAGCGGCGAGGUCGUCGAGAGAAUGUACGACAGCGACGAUUUGGGGGAAGUUGUUGAGAGGACGAAGCGUGAGCCUUCGAGAGACGAGCAAUUGGGUACUACCGUUCGCGAAGAAGACGUUGCUAUGGAUGAAGUUGAACUUGCUUCCCGCACGGGUGAUUUUAUGAGUGUAGAGAAGGGUGGCAAGCAAGAUACGCGAAUGAAGAGUGCCCGUAAACCCAUCCUGAAUUCGGGGGACGAGAGUGACAAUGGGUCCAAACCUGCAGCGACAUUCAAACGCAGGAAAGAGCCAACUCCACAGGAGAAGGUCCUCGCUACGGAAAGACAACCUCCUCCUUCUUCUCCCCCAACUAACCCUCUUCCUCAACCCAGAUCCCAAAAGAAAUCCAUCGGGGGCGAUUCGGUUAAGAAGGGGCGGAACCAGAUGUCUCGGAGCCUGAAGAUACGGGAGACACUGAACGUGGACGUGGACAUGGACGUGAAGAAGGAGAACAGUACAAGCGGUCCCAGACCAUUGAAGGAAGAGAAGGACGCAAAGAAAAACAAGCCGACCAUGACCAAGAAGAAGGCGAAGAAGAACGCCAUCGACGAUAUGUUCGCCGGCUUUACAUGA